UCAGAAAAAGUCACAGGAACUCGAUUAGAUGGUAACCUGUCGUGAAAUGGAAAAUUGUACAGCCAGCAGAGUUAAUGAAAACCGUUAUGUGAAGGAAUAGAUAACUGGAACCUAGACAAUUGUACUAGGAGUAGAUCUUGACAUGGAUUGUCUGCGGGUGACUAUUUUCCUUUCAACGGUAUUCCAGGUAUGCAAGGGGGGCAGUACGUCUCUGACAGUGAGCAGAACGCCUCAGUACUUCACCUCACCUGCGUACCCCAGCAACUAUGGAAGAUAUGAAGACGAAAGCUGGUAUUUGACGGCGAACGAUUCAAGUGACGUCAUCACACUUGAGGUCGAGGACGCCGACUUAGAGUACUCCAGUACAUGUGCGUACGACUACGUCAUCCUAUUCGACGGUCCCAGCUCUCUAAGUCCAGUACUCAAGAGGUUUUGCGGCACCAGCGAGCCCACGGUUACCAGUAGUUCCCAGCACGUGCACGUCAAAUUCAACACUGACGGCACCGUGAAUAGACGUGGAUUCAACAUCAGAUACUGGAGCAGUGUCAAACUGACUUCUCCGAGUCCAUUCAGUUCUCUUCCGAUUCUUAUAACCGCCGGAGUCGUAGUUGGGGCUGUAGUCGUCUUCGGCUUCGUACUCAUUUGGUACCACUGUUGCUCCAAGAAACACGGGACGAACAGACAAGUGCGGCCUGCGACUCAUGUUUCCUGGGACAAUACCACGAGGGGGAGGCAUCACCCUAUGCACUUCCCUUACAACGCACCACGAGGUCAAACGUCCGCUGGCGAUUCCAUAUUUUAUAGUAACCCGAAUGAAGCUCUUCCGGGUUAUGGCUCACUCUAUCCAACGUCUCCACCGCCCCCAUACUCAGAGAUUGAAUUACGGGCGAGUCCAAUAAAUUGAAAAGUUGAACAAAGUUUACUCAUUCCAGAAAUUGAUGACAUUUGGUCAACCAUUUGCAUUGUGCAAUAGUACCAGAUGUAUGUACUUGUUUUAAAUAAAUAAAGUGCUCUAAAAUUGUUUCGUGCAUAAUUAGUUGAUGACACUUGAGAUCAUCGUAUUCAUUCUUCCCCGUGAGGAUUCCUGGUUAGAACUGGUGCCCGCAGACCUUAGCUGGUCGUGAGAAGCAACGUUAAGCGUCGUGUGGACAGGGUGGUGACUUUGUCUGUUGCCUGCAGUCGUGGAGCGUUGCUCAAGUAAGAGGCGACUAACGGGAUCGGGUGGUCAGACUCGCUGACUUGGUUGAUGCAUGUCAUCGUAUUCCAAUUCGCCGCACUCAGUUAUAUUCCAGCUAUAUGAC